ACCACGGCCCCGGGGAGCGUUGUUGAUUAACUCCCAUGCCCGCAGCCACGAGCCAUCCGUAGCCAUUUUGGCUCAAGCUGUUUCAUGUCAGGAGUGCCCUCCGACCGCACACGAUCAAGUCAGACGGAGGAUGUCUUCUAAUUCGAGAAUAGUGGUGAUGGUGUUGGUUCUGAGUAGGACCCUCAGUUUCUUUGGCGUCGGAUGAUGUCAUUGCCAUGAUGCCGAUUAAUCUAUCUGAAGGGGAGGUGUAGGAGUUCCCCGGAAUUCUUCAUUUUGAGCCCUGGCUCUCGGUGGUGUUACGAUUCAGUGCGCGGCGGUGAUAUUGCAGUUGACCUCUCCGCUGGCACUACGAUCGAGUUUGAUUGGGUGGCUUCUUCCGAUGAGCCGAAGUACAUUAGAAUCGAUGGCACAGACAGGACCGAAAUUCAAUUUCAAGCGACCUAUGACUGUGGAUAUGAUGCCAGCCUUCCUUUCCAGCAGUUUAUCGGAGCUAAUAUCACGGAUGAAGUCGACGCCCUUCGAUCAUGACAAUGUUUCGCAGUCGUACACUUACAACUCGUCCUCGUCUUUUGUAACCCUUGGCAAGUGUGACGGAUGUGGUUGUUGUCAGAUCGUUACCAGGUUGCAGUUCGAUCCAGAAGUUGAAGGGUUGAAGAUAAGUUUCCAGAUGGUCGGUCGCCUACGAUACAUCGAAUGUGGUUGCCGAUGAGCAGGUGUAUCAUUGGUCUGCGAGUGGCGAUUAUUGGAUGAGGGUCACAGGACAAUGCGUACGCUAUUUCGGAAUUGCCUUCGCCCACCCCAGCCCCCACGGCCGGCGACGCUUCUGUUGCCAAGCGUUCGUUUGCACAUGUCACAUGGCCUUGUGUAUUUCGUUGUUGUUGUUUGCGUUGUUUCCUUUCUGAUCUGACGAUCGCCUUCGCAGCAACGACUGUUUAAGGUGGAUCGGAUGCAAACGUGGCCUUGGUGGUUGAUUUGCUUCGCUAGUGCGCCAAGUGUCUUUCGAGAUCCAGGGCGCGUGCGGUUCUGACAAGUAGCUACGGUCAUCGUCGCAGCUAGGAACUUCACCGUCGCAAGAUGUUGGCGCCAAUGCAAUAUGCAGUAUGACCUUCACAGCCAGUGUCAUGCGCCAACUUACGCACGUCCACCUGUCGUUCAAGCGCUCUGUGGCACAACUACUGCUCGAACACUCAGUGGUGUGGCUCUGUUGCCCAAGGCAGCAGCGCCUUUCGCCAGCAGCCCCCAGCGCGCUGCAGCGCAGGGUGGCAGCUCGGGUGCAGCGCUGGCCGCCGCUCCCCCUGCACUUCCUUCGGCGACGCCCGAACAUGCGCACACGGCGGCGCACCGGGCCCGAACGGGCCGAGGGCCGCGGCCUCGGCCCGGAGGCCCGGGCACGGCCUGGAACCGCCUCUGGGGCCGCCCGAGAUCGCCAGGGAAGGCCACCAGAGGGCCAUUCCUCACCGAGCGCGUUCCACGACUCGCAAGGUGCCUGCUUGCAAACGCCCGAGUUAGCCUGGCGAAGGGCCCAACCAUAUGCAGCCGUGAGCACCGCAGUGAUGAGUAUCAUCUUCGCC